CAGGCCGGCAGCUAUAGAAACAUGACAAAUGUUUCUUCUCCACUGUUCUUGUGCAUCUUCUUCUUCUUAUUAAGUUUUGCACUUGCUGGGUUGGGCAUCGCCAGCAGCCAGGAGGUUGAGUUCUACUUCAUCAACAAAGGAGAUUUCUCCGUCAAGCUCACCAACUAUGGCGCCAGAGUCGCAUCAGUCAUUCUUCCUGACAAGAACGGGAAUCUGAGAGAUAUUGUUCUUGGGUACGAUACUACUAAGGAGUACCAGCUCGAUGACUCAAAUUUUGGAGCCAUUGUGGGAAGGGUGGCUAAUAGGAUCGGUGGGGCUCAGUUCACUCUCAAUGGUAUUCUCUACAAGCUUGAUGCUAACGAUGGGAACAACACACUUCAUGGUGGGCGCAAAGGAUUUAGCAACGUUGUCUGGAAGGUUAAGACGCACAAGGAAAGUUACAUCACCUUCACUUACCACAGCCCAGAUGGUGACCAAGGAUUUCCCGGAGAUGUUAUUGCCCAAGUAACAUACACUAUAAAGGAAAACCCAUACAAACUGAUAGUGAAAAUGCAUGCAAAAGCUCUGAACAAGCCAACACCAGUCAACCUAGCACAGCACAACUACUGGAACCUCGGAGGCCACGACAGCGGCGAUAUAUUGUCGGAAAAGCUUCAGAUAUUCGCGUCCCAUAUCACCCCCGUCGACGCCAACCUCAUCCCCACCGGCCAAAUCCUCCCCAUCAACAACACGGCUUUCGAUUUUCUCAGCCCGCGCCAAGUGGGGACCCAAAUGGCUAAACUGCCCGAGGGGUCGCGCGGGUUUGACAACAAUUACGUACUCGACGGGGCGGGGAAGAAGAGGAAGAUGGUGGCGAAGGUGUACGAUGAGAGGAGCGGGAUAGGGAUGGAGGUGGCGGCCACGGCGCCGGGGGUGCAGUUAUAUACGGCGAAUCACUUGCGGGGCGUGAAGGGGAAAGGCGGGGCGGUUUAUGAGUCGCAUGGGGCGUUGUGUUUGGAGACUCAGGGGUUCCCGGAUGCUGUGAAUCACCCCAAUUUCCCGUCCACCAUUGUUACUCCACACCAGCCCUACAGGCAUACAUUGCACGUUACUUUGAGAGUCCACAAGUUUAAGGGGGCUUGAAUUAUCUGGCUCGAUCUGAUCCAAGACUUUCUAUGAUUUAUUUCAUGCAUCCCCACUGUUUGGGUGGGCUCGUAUUAAUAAAAUAAAAUCAAUAAAAUUUGCGGUUUCGUACGUGCUCGGAGAGUCGUAACGAUCAAUUUCGUGUGAUACUUCUGAGCAACAUCAAAAGGUUUAUGAAGGUGAUCUUAUUGAAUUGUAAAAGUAAAUGUGUCAUUGAACUUAAUCAUGCAUAGUAAAUUGAUCAUGAUUUGAGAUUGUACA